GUGGCGAUGUAAUAGCCAAGCGGCGUCUCAUGUGUGAUAACUCUUGUCUGAGAAAUCCCAGCAAGGAGCUUAUGACCAUCCUUCCUGUAGCCCUAAACCUCUUAUGUGGGAAGCGUAGAAGCGAUCUACAGUGUGUCUCCCAAUCCCUCCACCCCCGUUUCAUGCCGGUCAGCAGGUCGCUCAUGUGAUGGCUCUGUGGGCUCUCACCGGUUCCCAUAUGCCCGAACAACGACCAAAUUGCUUGUUCCCUGCUUUAAUGCAGUACUAGAAAUUGCCCCUGCAGAAUGAACCAGAUUACCCCGAAGAGUCCUUUGGGAUCCCCGUUGUCAGAGCACAUCCACUCCAGGGUAGAUUCUUUGGACCACUUAUCAAUGGACAGUUUUUGGCUGGAAGUGGAGAGCAUUAAACAGAGCACUGAAGCUGAGCAAGAAGAAUGCAGCCUUGCAGAUGUCAAAACGCAAGAGGAGGGAGAUGCUGAGGCCGAGUGGCUCCAGGACGCUGGCCUCUCUGACCUCCUUGGGGACCGGGCCUCAGAAAAUGACAACAUCGUGCUGCUCUCCACCCUGACGAAGACCCAGGCCGCGGCUGUGCAGCGAAGGCUGGACACCUACUCCCGGUCGCGGAGGAGGAAGAACAAACAUCCUGUGCGGGAUGUCCGAGACAUUUUUGGAGUGGUCGACUCUGGGGAGACGGUGGCGGAGAAAGAGGACUCCAGACCAGAUCAGUUGUGGCACAAUCUACAGACUGCAAAUGUGCAGAAACCAGAAACCCAGGAUUACUCCUGCCCGGUUCGAAACCCUGGGAAAGAGGAAGUGUUCAACACGGACAUUGCCUACUCAGAGCAGGCAGCUGUUCUGCUCAAAGGAUCGUUCCUGUCUGAAUCUCGGAGGAUAAAAGAUGGAAAUGCCCUAACCAAAUUUAAGAUCCCCAAGGGCAGACUAGGAGUGACCAGGAUUGGAGAUUUAUCUGCUCAGGACAUGAAGAAGAUUCCCACGUUGGCCCUUAUUGAACUGACAGCUCUCUGUGAUGUUCUAGGCUUUGAGCUGAAGAGAAACAAGGCGGUUAAAUUGAAAACAACAGAGAAAAGACUCUUUGGAGUUCCACUCAACACUCUGUUGGAAAAUGACCAAAAACUGCUCCCCAACACCAAGGUCCCUCUGUUACUCCAGGCAUUGCUGUCAUGUCUGGAAAAGAGAGGACUUGAAACUGAGGGCAUUUUGAGAGUUUCUGGGUCCCAGACCAGAAUAAAGAGUCUAGAGCAGAAACUAGAAAGUGACUUCUAUACUGGCCUUUUCCGCUGGGAUGAAGUCCAUCAGAAUGACAUAUCUGGGCUACUGAAAAGAUUCAUAAGAGAGCUGCCUGCCCCGCUGCUGACAGCAGAGUAUCUUCCUGCUUUUGCUGCUGUACAAAAUAUUCCAGACCUGAAGCAAAGAUUGCAAGCCCUAAACCUCCUUAUCCUGAUUCUGCCAGAGCCCAACAGAAACACUUUAAAGGCUCUCCUUGAAUUUCUCAGCAAAGUGGUUGCCAGGGAGAACAACAACAAGAUGAACCUCUGGAACGUUUCCACAGUCAUGGCCCCAAACCUCUUCAUGCACAAGGGACUGCCGAACAAGAUCCCCGAGGGGAAGGAGAAACAGCUGGCAGAGGGGGCAGCUGAUGUUGUGCGGAUGAUGAUCCAUUACCAGGAUCUGCUCUGGACGGUCUCCUCCUUUUUGGUAGCUCAAGUCAGAAAACUGAACGAGAGCAGUAGCAAAAGGUACCAGUUCUGUGACAAGCGAAUAAAAAAUUUGUUGCGGAAGAUCCAUGCUGAUAAAGACAAGGUGGAAAAGAAGCAGGCAGAGCCUUCCAAGAUCGUGAAAGUCCACGCUUCUCUCCUCCUGAAAGACUCGCUGGAGGUGCAUUUGAACAACGCGACCAGAGUUGCUGAUGUCUUGAAGCAGUUUCAGAAGAACCUGUGCCAGAAUGGCUGGAACAUUGUUAACACCGUCAGCCUCCUCAAAUGUAACAACUCUGUGGAGUCUACAAACCUGCUCCUAUAUGAAGUGGGAGGCAAUAUCGGUGAACACUGCCUGGACCCAGACGCUUACCUCUUAGACUUGUACCAUAUCAAUCCCCAUGCUGAAUGGAUAAUUAAGCAAAACCCAUCUUAUCCUCGGAUGUUCUAAGGAAAGCACGAGUGAAACAAAGCCUUUGGAUGAAGGUUUUGGAGGGUAAAAGAAUGCUGUAGAGAGGUUCCUGGUGUAGUCGCAGACGAGACAGUGUUUGCGUCUCUGACUGGAAAAAGAGCUUUAUUUACUAUUUCUGUAACAGCUGGCUGCGAGAGUACACCAGCCUCCAUGUGAACAGGAGAGUUGGCAACCAGCAGAAAUUAAGUAGCAGAAUUUGCAAGGGGUGUGAUUAUUUUAAAAAAGCAAAGCAGAACAACCCCCUGAAAAACUGUGCAAACACUGCUACAGGAAUUGAGCAAUAAGGAUAGAUGGUGAGAGGAGAAACUUCUUGAAGAUGAUAGAACACGUCUCUCCCGGAUUUGCUCUUUCUUUUGAUCACAUCCACGUUUUGGAGGAGAAACAGUCAAACACUGCAGCGGUACUAAUGACAUCCUUUUGGUAAGAUCCACUACUGACUGUUGCACGUUACCGGAAGAAGUUGUGAACUUGGGUUUCGCUCUUAAGAUACUGCAGUUUUCUCUGACGAAUGGAAAAGGAUGCGUGUAAGAGGUCAGCUGUGAUGCAGAGCUGACAUCCUGUGUUUAGUGAGUGCAGUCAAAUACACACAGGCAACCCAUGCAUGAUGAUCACUUUUGCUGGAAAAAGUAUGGGAUGGAUAGCCACCUUCUUUCAAAUGGACAAUUUGAUAAAGAGAUGCCUGUCCCCUACAGGUCCUGCUGGUAAUGCACAGACAAACGUGCAGGUUACCACUGAGGGUAAGACAAGCAUUUUUCUUUUGCUGGAUGACUGUUUUUACAAAACCUCCUACAUAAAGAAGGGAUAACUAAGGAAGCGUUCUACAGUUAAUUUGAGGUUGGUCGUCUGACCUGGCCACACGAACAAAAUUUCUUUCUGGAGGGCUCUGCGUGAACGUAGCCGUUUAAAAACAACAAUCCCCGAGAUGUGCGGUGGCUGAAAUAAGGAGGUCUGUGCCUCUGUACAUCCGCUCGCUGCGGUGGGUGCUGAACUGCGCCCGCCGCACGGCGCA